GUUACAAAGUAAUGUAUUUCUAAGGAAAACAAAAAUCGAUUAACAUUUGAAACCACGCCCCACGUGCUGCAUCUGAUUGGAGCUGCGCGGAUUUCCCGCCAUAAUUUAGCGACGAGUCGUGGACGCUUCCGAGCGCAGCUCAAUGUUCUUCAAGACCCGAGAAGACUAGAGCUCUUCAUCCAGCGAUCGGGGAAGGAGACACCAGAGUCCCGUCGAGCUCCGCAUCCGCGCUCUUGCAGCGUCUUCACCACAGGACGGCUCGAGGAGACCAUGAGGAGCGCACUGCUCUUGGCCCUUCUCUCCCUCAUGAUGACCCUCCGAUCGUGUCGGUCCAGCUGCGACGAGCAGGAGAACUACAGAUCAGAGCUGGAGAAAAGUGCGACUUUUGCGGACGUUCCCGGCGACCGUGUGAAGCGGUACAGCGACAUCGACUACGACAGCUUCGUGGGGCUCAUGGGGAGAAGAAGCGCUGGCGCAAAUAACUCACCGUCUUCAUUUAAAAGGGAUAUGCAUGAUGUCUUUGUGGGACUUAUGGGUCGCAGGAGUUCACAAACCGAUGAGGCCCGUCCCUGGAGGAAGGAGAACGCUGAGAGGAGACCAGGUAUUUUCUUUAACAAGUGCAAACUGAGGUUUCGUCGAGGAAUAUAGCACGGACUUUGCUUUCAAGCUUAUCUAAAACUCUUAGUGCUGUUUAAUGUACUCACUUUUUUGUUCCAGAUUUUUCCCUGAAAGACAUAGAAAACUUGGUACACAAUAUAAAAGCUUUGCUUUUGCCGAUGACAAACUGGUUGAAGGUCUGAGACCCAACCUGGUUCUCUAUAAAGACAUACAAAUGACCCUUCAUGAAACCUUCAGAGCAAUAUUUGUAUUUCUUCUUUUGAGAUUGUCAAUGUUUUAUUCUUUUGUAAAUAAAAAU